UUGUACACCAUGGAUCCUGGGCCGGUUAGUGAUGAGGUCUUAUAUGACCAGGCUCAGCAUCGUUCACAUAUUAUAUCCUGUACAGAGAGAGGUCCGAGUAUCGUUAUGGUUGAUCAUAACCUCAGCCAUAGCCGUUGGCGGUUAGAGGAUGAGCGUAUCAUAACAGCUGUGGGACGGGCCGGCUUCUUGACUUGUUCAAAGAUUCGUUGGAUAAAGCUCGAUUGGCCCCUACUGAUCGCGUUGAUGGAUAGAUGGAGACCUGAGACCAAUACUUUCCACUUUCGGAUGGGCGAGGCUACCAUUACUCUACAAGAUGUAGCCGUGAUACUCGGUCUCCGUAUAGAUGGUCCGUGCAUUACCGGCACUGAUAGUGAUGUAUGGCCUCGAAGAUGUGAGGAGUUGUUAGGUGUAGCUCCAGAGACUAUGCCUCGAGGAACUAUUAAGUUGAAGUGGUUGAGAUAGACCUUAUCAGUACCGUUGUCUGUUGAUGCCCCACAAAUUUUGGUUGACCAACAUGCACGUGCAUACAUUAUGCACAUGAUUGGUACUAUAUUAUUUCCAUAUUCAAGUAAAGAUAAAGUGCAUGCGAGGUAUGUGUAUUUAUAAUAUGAAUUUGUUUUUCAUUGAAUUAGCUUAUUUUAAUAAAUUGGAA